AUGGCGGACGCGAUGGUGGAGGAGCCAGCGACAACGCGUUCGGGACGCGUGAUAACACCCUCGACAAGGGCCCGAGAGGCUUCGGGCAGCACCGACAGCACCGGCACGGUUAGAACAUCGAAGAAAUCAAUGACCCAAAUAGAACUCACGGCGGUCAAAAAGGCAGCUAACCUCAUCGAGGAGAAACAGAGCACCAAAGACGGAAGCAAGGACAUGCUAAGAAAGAUUUGCCAGUACCUGGAAAGCACCUUUCUCGAGGUCAAAGGGCUGAAAGAAACUCUCAGCAAACAGGAACAGAUGAUUCAGGAACAGUCCGAAAUGAUCCGAAAACAGAGUGUCUCAAUUAAAGAGCUACAGGCCCAGCUAGAGGCAACACAAAGCCAAAAGACAGAAGAAUGCAAACAACUCCAGGAGCAACUAGAGACGAUCUCAUACGCAGGUGUGGUUGCUACCCGACCCCAUCAACAGCAAGAUGCACUACGCGGCCCGCCAGGGCCUCCGACAUUGGGUAACACAUUGUUUUGCACAAUCGACACGUCCCGCGUGGGAGAAGAACAUAAAGCGCAAGCCCAGAUAGCGAAUAUUCGACAACGGAUUGAGAAAGAGAUGCGAGGGAGUGAGGAAACCAAAACCUGGCGCUGUGCAGCAAUGAUUAAGGACCCCAAAAAUGCAGACCGAGUCAAAGUGAUUUGCAGGAACGAAGAUGAGAUUCAACAGGUGAAAGAAGCGGCCCAAAAGAUCGAGCUACCCGGAAUGAGAAUCCUAUGUGACCAGCUGUACCCGGUCAAAAUUGACAAUACUAACCGGACAGCAGUCCUGGAUGCAGAUGGGAACAUCCUACCAGGAGCAGCCGAGGCCUUGGGAAAAGAGAAUAAUGUCAACAUUGCUAAGAUCUCCUGGCUCAGUAAGAAGGACUCCCACAAAGCGUAUGGAUCUAUGGUGGUAUAUGUCACAAAAGGAAGCGAUGCUAAACGGCUAUUGAGAGAUCAAUAUUUUGACAUUGCUGGAGAAUCAGCAUACACUCGACUCUUUGAACCAUCAGCAGGACCAGCUCAAUGCUACAACUGUCAAGAGAUAGGACACAAGGCCUUCUCCUGCAAGAAGGCUCAGACCUGUGCUAAAUGUGCAAAUAAGGGACAUCACCACAGUACUUGCCAGGCUAUAGUCUUAAAGUGUGUUCCUUGUGGAGGACCUCAUGAGUCAUUUAGUAAAAACUGCCGUGUACGCCUUAUGCAAUCUCAUGCAUAA